AAUCGUGAAUGACUGAAAGGGACGAGUGUCACAAGAUUCAAAACACGACUUUCAUUUUUCAAACAAACUCAAUGACUUAUUAAAUAAUUGUAGAAAUGUCUACAAUGCCGAUUGACUUGGCUGAUUUGCUGCGUAAAUUCAAAUGGAAACGAGAGUUGGACAAUAAAGGCAUUUCAUUCAGAAAGACCUUAAUAUUUGUGCUUGUUGGCACGGGCUUAUUUCUAUAUUUCGGACCAAAUUUUCUCCGAUGGCUCUUUACAUCAAAAGGCAAUUCAUAUGACACUCUUAGUAGGUGCAUCAAUGACAAGAUUGACUCCUACGUACUAGAAUCAUUGGAUUCUGAUUCCCAUAUAAUAUAUCCUCCCGCUGAACCAGACUCUUUAUCAGAUAAAUCAAAUGUCCUCAACCAUUUUGUUGGAAAUGGGAUGGUGGGGACAGAAACUAAACCAGAUUCACCUCUAUACAUCAAGAGUGAAAAGGUGUUGUCUUUGGCUGUCCCGUUCCAGCCCAUCACAGGUGUCUUCCUGCCAGGUGCAGACAGAAGUGAUCAUCAAAGAGAAGCGUCAGUGCUUCAAUUUGCUAACGGCCUCGCCCACAAAAUCCAGUGUAUUCCCUACGGAAGUGCUUGCCUAACUGUCACGCAUCAAAUUUACGCUCAUCGCACCAUCUCAUCUCUCCUAGUCCAAGAUAUAAAAAUUACGAAUCCUACAGAUGAGGAUGUAGUCCUAUCACUGGAAAGGGGAGGUCUAUCUAAGUGGCAUACUUCUGUUGUCUACACACACAAAUUCAAAAUUGGUAGCGAAGAACACGACUGUUUGGUGAUAACGGGUUCAUUGACCGAUGGCGCUAAGCAAUUUGUCGUAGCUGUAACGACAACAAAGCUGCCGUCUACUAUCGAGGUGAAGAAAAGAUCUUCAGAAACAUUUCACGUGUAUACUAUCACAACGUAUUCAACAAUGUUGAAUAUUGGGAAAUAUACAGCCAUUAAAGAGAGUCUGGAAAUGGAUGCCUUACAGAUGAUGAACUCAGUGGUAACCAUGACUUCACGCCAGCUGCGAGCCGCCCACGUCGAAGUGUGGCAUCACCUAUUUUCUAGUGGAUUGUUCAUAAGUACGUCGAAAGCAGCCGGUGCCAUCAACGGUGACCGAAUUAACGCCACGCUGUAUAUGACUCUGUCGCAAGUCCGCGCACAGAAAAUUGAAUCGGAAAUGAGUCAGGAGGAACUCAACCAACACCAUUCCCAUCUGGCCUACACGGAAGGCUGUUACGGUGGCCAUCAUACUCUCCAAGCUGCCAGACUUUGGCUAGAUCUCAAUUCAAUGGAUCGAAUCGUCCAAGUCACUAGUUUAUGGUUGAAGACUUUAGAGUCUCAGGGUUGCCAUAAAUUAGUGAAGAUGGGUGCCGAGGGAGUGAUGCAGGCGAUGCUGUUGAGUUUCGGUUCGUGGAAGUUUAGCAAUCAGCAUCUCGAGUUUAAUACGGAGCCCAAGGAUUUACACCGCGACUUCCACUACCGGCGGAUUAAUUACGGCAACGGGACGCACGUCAACGUGACGGUGGCUGUGCUGGACGACAACAAGGCCGCCCUGUACGUGGCGCUGGAUCGCAACGACAAGGACUAUUACGGUUGCGACGGCGGAUGUUUGGAUUCGCCCGUCCAGUUGAGCUCGCAGCGGAGGCAGUUUCCCGUCAAGUUGACGGAACCGAGGACGGCCGUCCUCUACAUCACCAGUGAUAAACAGCACAUGGAGAAUUUGAAGCACACGAUACACGUCCACGAAGUGGCCGAGGCUCCGGCACACGAGCAGCACGUCAUUGCCCUUCAUAAACACGGGCACGCCCUCGGUGGACUGCCGACCUUCUUCUGGGCCACGUUCUCUCUCCUCAUCGUCCUCUUCCAUCUUUUCCUUUUCAAGCUCAUUUACAACGAGUAUUGCGGAGGAGUCCAACCGGAAACCAAGUCAACCCGCUCCAGAAAAUUUUCGGAUCUUUAAAACCAAAACAAUUUGGCUUUACAUUUCAUCCAUCGGAAGAACAAAAAUAAAGACAUGACUAGAAGACGACGAAAAUGAUAGGAUACAUUAAUAACUUUUUUUGUUUACAUCAUUUCAGCGUCAUAAGGAUACCAGUCGACGUACACGUCCAUGUUGGUGCUUUUGACUGUGGCCAGCAUCAACGCGUAAUCAUCUUGAUCCAACUGUGUUUUGUAACAGUUUAUUAUAGAGGUUGUUUGGUUAUUAAAAACUACAAAAAAAAAGAGAA